CCCUAAAAUUAAAUCUCUUUUUUCCUUUCUAGUUGUGGUGCUGGUUUGCUCUGCUUCGAGUUGCUGCCUGCGGCCAUGGGUAAAAGGCUCCAAGAAACCGUUCUAAUCGACGACGAACCAGUUGCCCAACUAGAAUCCCAAAAAACUGAUAAGAAAAAGAAGAAGAAGGAUAAGUAUGGAAAGCUUGAAUCUGACGAAAGAAAGGAACUAAAUAUAAAGAGAAAGAUUGAAGAAACCGAGUUUCAAGAUGUCUCCAAGAGAGAAAACAAGAAGAAAAAGAAAAAGGAAGAGAGAGAAAAUGGAACCCAACGAGUGAAAGAUAUUGAAACCCAUGAAGUGGAGGAGGAAUUAGAGCAAGUUAAAGGUGAUGGAGAUACAGUGACAGUGACCGGAAAGGAUGCACAAGAGGCAAAGUAUGCACCAUUAAAAUCGUUUGCUGAGUCGAAUUUUCCAGAUAUUGUUUUGAAAUGCUGCGAGAAUUUCAAGAAUCCAUCUCCAAUUCAGGCCCAUGCGUGGCCCUUUUUGUUGGAUGGUCGUGAUUUUAUUGGGAUUGCAAAGACUGGGUCAGGCAAGACUUUGGCAUAUGGGGUACCCGCAAUUAUGCAUGUUUUGAGCAAGCGAAAAGGGGCAUCGGCUAAGAGGGUGAAUCCCCUUUGUCUUGUGCUUGCACCGACGCGGGAAUUAGCUGACCAAAUUUCUGUUGUUCUACAUGAUGCUGGGGAACCUUGUGGUGUGAAAUCAGUUUGUUUAUAUGGAGGAACCUCUAAAGGGCCUCAAAUUUCUUCCCUCAAGUCUGGUGUUGACAUUAUCAUUGCAACCCCUGGUCGUCUGAAGGAUCUAAUUGAAAUGAAUGUAUGCCAGCUAAUGGAAGUAUCUUUUGUGGUCCUUGAUGAAGCAGAUAGAAUGCUUGACAUGGGAUUUAGACAGGAAGUUCGAUCCAUAUUGAGCAACACAUGUUCUGCUCGCCAAAUGAUAAUGUUCAGUGCUACAUGGCCUCUAGAUGUACAUAACCUGGCUGAGGAGUACAUGGAUCCUAACCCCAUUAAGGUAGUUGUAGGUUCAGAGGAUACGGCUGCUAACCAUGAUGUCAUGCAAAUUGUGGAGGUCCUGGAGGAACAUUUACGUGAUGAGCGUUUGGUUGCUUUGCUAGAAAAAUAUCACAAAUCUCAACGGAACAGAGUAUUGGUUUUUGCCUUGUACCAGAAGGAAGCUGCUCGUCUUGAAGGAAUGCUGAAAACAAGAGGUUGGAAGGUUGUUUCUAUACAUGGCAACAAAGCACAAGAUCAACGAACAAAGGCGCUAUCAUUGUUCAAGAAGGGCAACUGUCCUUUAAUGGUAGCUACUGAUGUUGCUGCUCGAGGAUUGGAUGUUCCAGAUGUUGAAGUAGUGAUCAAUUAUAGUUUUCCACUCACUACAGAAGAUUAUGUCCACAGAAUUGGAAGGACUGGACGGGCUGGUAAGAAGGGUGUUGCCCACACGUUUUUCAUGCAUCAAAAUAAGGCGCUCGCUGGAGAGCUUGUGAAUGUUCUCCGUGAAGCUGGGCAAGUCGUGCCAUCUGCUCUUUUGAAAUUUGGCACUCAUGUAAAGAAAAAGGAGUCCAAGCUUUAUGGGGCCCACUUCAGAGAAAUAUCUGCAGAUGCUCCAAAGGCUAAAAAGAUUGUAUUUAACUCAGAUGAUGAAGAUUGAAGAUUGAAUCAUGUGCUCUCUAGAACUCAUGUGAGACUGGCAGCAAACAUUAAGAUUUAAUCAUUUAAAGCCUUCCUUUCAUUUUUUAAUGUUAGUUUUAUCAUAUAUUUUUAAUCAUUUAUUUAGUACUAUUUCACCUGGCUUCUCCUUAAUGGCAAACAUGUUUGCCUCUUGAUUUUGUAUCAAUCUCCUGCUUUGUAAUUUGAUUCUUUGGCAAUUUUUCUACAUUUGAAGAGUAAAAAUCAAGUUACCAUA